AUGCAUUCUACAGAAUUGUGGGUACCAACCACACUGUUGGUAGGGUGGAUAUACACGUUGUGUUGGUCCGCUUCUUUUUAUCCCCAACCACUCCUCAACUGGCAGCGCAAAUCGACCCGCGGCCUGGCAAUCGACUACCUCACUAUCAAUGUCCUUGGCUUUGUCUGCUACCUGAUUUCGACUUCUGCGCUCUUCUUCUCGGCCCUGAUCCGUCACCAAUAUACCGAACGGCACGCAGCGUUUUCCAAGCCCACUGUACGGUCCAACGACAUUGCCUUCGCCGCACAUGCUGUGAUCAUGAGCACCCUCACCUACACCCAGUUUUGGCCCAGAAUUUGGGGCUUUAGAGUCUACUCUUGUGGACAUGUCAAACUUCUUGUCACCCUUGUCAAAUACAUGCCGCAAGUGUGGGUCAACUACAAACGGCAGUCGACGGACGGAUGGAGCAUCGAGCAGAUCCUCCUAGAUUUCUCUGGGGGUGUGCUAUCCAUUGUUCAAUUACUGAUCGACGCCAGCUUCCAGCCUGACUGGAGCGGGGUGACAGGGAAUCCAGUCAAGCUCGGGCUUGGAAACAUCACUAUCUUUUUCGACCUCAUCUUCAUAACCCAGCACUAUCUCUUAUACCGACAUACAGGGCAGGGCAAGGUCGACGAGAGCAUUGGCGGCACUGAGCAGCCUCUUCUGGCGAAUGGACCCCGACCCUAG